AAAAUUGCUUGAACCUGAAUUUGGCGGAUUAAAUUUGUUACCUCUUCGCCAAAAGCAGAAGUCCAUACUCUCAUAUCCUUUUCCGCGGGUCCAAGGUCAAAGAAGCCGAGCCCAUUUGUUUAAGGACCUGUAGCAACCAGCAACAUGGGAUAUGCUGGAUACACUGCCGCAAAGCUUCCACCGCCACCACCCUCUCCUGUUCAGGCUGCGCUUUGGGUUGUGCAAAGCCAGGAGACACUGACAGUCAUUGAGAAGCUCACCAAAAACGUAGCUGUCAACCCAACAGAGGAGAAAUACAAACGUGUGCGGCUGACGAAUGACAAGAUACGAGCAGCUUUGGUCAAUGUGCCGGGUGCUGUGGAAGCCCUCUUGGCCUUAGGGUGGGCCCGUGACGAUGAAGAAGAGGCACUGUUUGUUCCAAAGGGGCGGUACUUCUCCAUGGCUGAGGUGCGCCUGAUAGAUGAGGCCAGAGACAGGCUGAGGAAGAGGGAGCGGGAUGCUGCUCGCACAAAGCCCAAAGCCAAUCCAAGCAACGAGGCAACAGCUCAGAUUCGUGCCCAGAUGGAGGCAGACAGGCGGGAGCGUGCAGCACAGGACCCAGUGACCAAAGGCAGCGUUCCUCAGAAGCUGGGAAGUGGCACAGCCACGAUGGUGACACCCAAGGACAUUGGCUGCACAGACUGCUGACCAAGGGAGCUCUACCUUCCAGGUCUUUCCAGGGUCUGCUGAAUGCAGUGACUCCAUCAGCACUGCAUCAUUCACUGCAAUUCUUUCUCCAGGCAAUUAAGAAACCUGCAGGUUUCUAGCUGGAGUUAUGUUCUGGACAUCCAGAAGAACGGAUGCUGUAGGAAGCUGUGUUAUUACAACAUGUACCCUUUGUUGUGUACUAGUUGCAGCCAGCGUAAGCAUUCAGUGCGUCACAUGACGCCCACAAACUGUUCCAGAUUUCAGCCUUCAGGCAGCACUUUUUCCUUCAAAAUAGCCAUUCCGUGCAGUGCACUCUGCAUUGGGGUGCAUUGUACCCUUGAACCGAACUGGGCUCUGCAAAGAGCUUUUAUAUCGAAACUUAAUAAUAUGUAAUUAGUUCAUGGAUU